GGGAAGGAUGUGGUUGAUGGCUGAGACAUGUUGAAGGGAAACAGGGUUUGGGGGUAGUCUUCAAUUGUGUACCAUGUUGUAUAUUUUAACCAUACCUUUUCAUACACUUUUUCAAUAGAGUUGCCGCUUUAAGGUUAAUGAUUGGUUCUUGGAGUUAAAAACAAAUUGAAAUUCCAUAGGAUUUUAAAUAAACGCGUAAUAUAAGAAUGUUGUGUCUAAAUUUGAAGUCAAUCGUAGCGAAAUUGUCGAAGAUAUGUUCUUAUGUUCAAAACUUGAAAGAAUUUUCCCCUAAACUACGUUUUCAAAGUCAGUGUCAUCAUAACUUCUACUGCAAAAAGAUUUUUUAUAAAAAAACAAAAGAAAAAUUUAAAUUUCGAAAAACGUAUUGCCUGGGCAAAGCCAUUGUCUAAUAAUAUGAUUUUGAUUUUUGGAAUUCAAAUGAUACAGAAACGAGUUAUGAUGGGCACCACAAUUUAACUAUGUUCCUAUAUUUAUCUAUUUUAACUAUUUCAGACGAAUUGCUGCCAUAGAAGAAACAAAGUAAACCUAUUAAUAAUGUCACUCAUCUCAAACUAAAAGCUUAGAUUUCGGCUAGCUAACAACUUACUCUACAAUGACAACCAAAUCAAAAUUUGAGCCCAAUGAAUUGGACGCGGAGUUCGACAACUUUUGGCAAAGGGUUAGCUGUUAUGCGGCCAACCAAUUUCCCUUCGAGGAGCGUUGCGACUUCGUUAAGAAAUCCGUGAACUGCAAUUUGAGUACAAAUGUUGUGCCCUACAUGAGACUACUUGCUUGCAAUCUAAAGUGUGUCAAUAAUUUCCAAGAAACGGUAUUCAUCACAAUGUUCAUGAUGCUUUGUUUCGAGAUACUGGUUUUUCUGAUCUACACGAUCAAUGUUUACUAUAGUCCUGCUCUGAAGACCGUAUCGCGGUUCCUCCAUAUGAACGAGCACUUGGCGGGCGUUACUCUACUGGCAUUUGGAAACAGUUCCGCCGACCUAUUCUCAAACUUGGCAAGCGUUAAGGAAAAUGUGCCCGUGUUCGCCAACAGUUUGUCCUCGGCCCUGUUUGUGACCAUGGUUUGCGGGGGAUUGGUAUGCUACAUUAGCCCUUUCCAGAUGAAUGCCUACGAGACAAUCCGCGACAUUUUAUUCUUGGUUUUGGGGAUAUUUUUAAUGGAUUAUUUCAUGACCGUCAAAACCAUUUCGAGCGAAGUUAAAUUUUCCAUUGUGGCCUUGGUCUACGUCAUUUACAUAUUAGUGAACGUGGCAGAUCUUUACUUAUUGCGCAGGGGUUUGGACUCGAUCGGUAAACAAAUCGAUGAAGUAUUGAAAGCAGGACAAUCUCCGGAAAACUUCUCAAAACUGCGAUAUCUCGAAAGGAAGUAUGAAUAUUAUUCACAAGACACAAGGAAAGUAGAGGUUUAUGAGAAAAACAGUAAUGUGGCGAGCACCAGUAUGCGGUUCACAACUAUGCGAAUGGUUCGAACAUAUCGAGUGAGUGUCAACCGAAAUUUAACCAGAUUAGCGAAGCACGACAGAACUCUGCCAAAGAACAGAGGAAUAUUCAAAGAAUUUUUCCUCGGACUGAGGCCCAUCAAGUGCGAAGAUUGGCGGAAAGCCGAGCUUCUUAGUCGCGUGUUAUUGCUGCUCAGAGCUCCAAUCGUGGUCAUCUGCGCUCUCUACAUUCCACUGGUGGACUAUCAAAUGGAAAAACAUGGCUGGAACAAGCUACUAAACAGCAUCAAUAUGAUAAUAAAUCCUGCCCUCUCUAUAUCGGUCUUAAUGGCAUUUAUACACAGCAAGGAACACACUUUAUGGUACAUUGUCAUAAAAGACCAAUUGAUUUAUGGGGCUUACUCUCUUGUGAUCACUGUGCCGAUCGCCGUGUUCGUUUUGAUUCAAUCUCGGACAGAUGUUCCACCAUCUUAUCACUGGGCUUUUACGGUAAUGAAUCUGACUGGCUCCAUGUUCAUAAUCUUUAUCUGCGCCACGGAAAUCGAUACGUUAUUUGAAGUAAUUAGUAGUUUAAUAGCAAUAGAUGACGAUUUCAUGGGAGCCACGGUUAAGGCUUUUACAGGGAACCUGGGCACGCUUUUUAUCAACACCGCAUUAGCUGCGCACGGCUAUCCCAGGAUGGCAUAUGCAUCCUCCAUUGGAGGACCUUUAUUCACUAUUAUCGUAACCGCGAACACUGUGAAUUACGUUAGGAACCUCGUAGGUUGCGAAAAUAUGCAUCGGGAUCAGAUGGAGGAGUAUGGCCAUUUAGCUUUCGUUUUUCUCAGUAUGGGCCUUUUUAGCAUCCUGCUGUGGUCCACAACAUUGGGAUUUUUUGCCCGUCGCUCUGUGGGAUUAUAUUCGAUGGGUCUUUACAUCAUUUAUAUAUUAUUCUCGGUGUUAGUUCAACGGAAGGUCAUUCAUUCGUUUACCCCAAACAAACAACUUUCAGCAGCUUUUGGCGAUAUUUAGGUGAUUAGCGCAGAGCUUAUAUAUAUCAUGAUCGAAAUCAUAAGUUUAAAACGUAAAUUUGUAAAAAUAAAAUAAAAGCACGGGAAAGUUAAAGCGCACCUUGCUGGGACAUACUGCACAAAUGGACAUUACUGCGCAGAAUUUUCAUGCGAGUGGGUGAAAAUCGGGGGAACGAAAAGCACACACAGACUAAAACGAAACCAAAUAAUACCGAGCGUGUGUGGCUGAAUAAAAUGGGGGAGAGUGGGAAAAGCGGUCGUUGACGUUCAUUGUUGGCUGCGCAAUUCCUUUUUUGCACUGGCAGCUUUAAGGAUUUUCCGCCAGUGAAUGUCAAUGACAGUUCAUGAGUCAAAGAGUUUCAAUUUUCCGCUGCUUCAUGCUUAAAAGCAAGUUCGCUGACUCUUUGGCGAGGCUCAAGCAAUUAAAAUGUAACACUCUAGCAGACAACACUGCGAAUGAGUCAUCUUAAAAAGUAUUCGCUUCAGGCUGGUCAUGAAAUUAAAUUUAAAUUCAAUUUUCAAGUCUACAGCUUAAAUGUCAUUCAUAGCUGGCGGAAAGAGAAAAACAAGCGCUCUUAGAAUGGCAGACAAGUGUAUAUAACACCCCUCUUUAUUCCCCUCGAUUUUUAAAAGCCCCCAGGACAAUUAAGUCUAAAAUGUAUGAGUGCUUGGCCCCUCCAUGUAGACCAGAACAUAAACAAUUAAUGCGAUUUGGUUAUUUUAGUCGUUGCAGCGAAGGCGUGGGGCUAAAAAAAAUAUGAAAAUAUAGAGGAAAAUGUAUGUGAAAGGGGUGGAGAAAGCCUGCCCCACGCAAAAAAGCACAAACGCAGUAAAACCACACCAACACACCCGCAAAGAGAAAUGGCGGAUGACUCAUCCAAGGAAAAUGUUCAUGUUUGAGUGUGGAACCUGGCCACAGUCGCGUCCCAGCGAAGAGGCAAUGCCAAGAACCACAGGACAUAAGGAAGGAAGUAAGGAAGGAAGGAAGAGCGAGCCAAAUGGUGAAUCAUCUUUCAAGAGGCAAACAUUCCUGACUUCCACGCCAGGCCUGCUUUUCCACCCACUUCCCAAAUAUUUUUUCGGCUCUCAUAAUUUCAAGGUUUGUUUACUCAGUGUAUCUGCUGCAGAGAGGAAAAUUCCAAAAAGGAGUAUUUUCCUAUGACUAGACAUCUGAUUAUAUGCAAAAAAAAGAAUAUAAAUUUAUAAUAAAAAACAAUUUUUGUAGGAUAAAUUUUUUUUUACAAUGAAAGGUCGCUGGGAAUCGAACGUGAAAAAUUAUAAAACUAAAUAAAUAACUAAAUUCCCAAACAACUUUUAAAGUAAUUCCCACUGUGUACUAUUUUUUUUGCCACGCAGCACAGUCCCAAUGUUGGUGUGGAAUGUUGUAACUUUCGGUGCCUAGUUGUCGCUCUAUAUGUGUACGAUAUAUAAUUUGUACACACGCGGCUGCCAGGACACGUUGAUUAGCAAGUGAUUUCCUUUUCGGUCAGUUUUUGUUGCCUACUUUUCUGAGGAGCUGACCGCACGUGAUGAAGUAGACCGCAAUGGGCGGCAACCACGCCCCAAAUAUUGGGGCAACUGCAAUGGGGAACACUUAAAAGUGCAGUCCACAGGUAACAUAAAUCAUUUCAGACAAACCACAAGCUUUUGCUCCUUUACCCUGGCAAAUAUAAUUAAUAAUAAACAAGGGAAAGUUGUCAGAGCAGGAAGCCAUUUCGCGACCAGGUGAGUUUUCCCCCACUCUAAACAUUUUCCUUUUUAAUGCUGUUCAGCGGAAAUUUAUGUUUAUUGCUUCGCCCCCCCACUGGCCACUCUUGUCCUACGGUCUUGUUUUUUCCGGUUUAAGUAUUUUCUUUUAUUUAUUCAUGACACUUAUGGGACGGUUCGUACACUGCGGUUAUUGUUGGCUUUGCUCAAAAGGCACCAGCACCAGCGUUGGAUCUAAAGCUGGUGUAUCUAUACUUCCCGAGGGGCAAGGACUGGAGCCCUGCCGGAGAUUUACUCUAUUAUUAGAAUAGCAAACAAUCACAAGCAAACAAUCUGCGUAAUCCCUCUCCAAUCCAAUGCACACUUAAUCUCUCAAUCAAGCUGGUCACUAUAAUCGCACCACAGUGUCUGUUGUCAUGACGCAUGCUUUUACACAGCAACAAAAGUUAAUUUUAAUCCUAAUAUGGUAAGUACAUUUGUUUCAGAAUAUUGCGUGACAUUCAUUUUUAAAAAUUUUCUCUAAUUUCUAGAAUCAGUUGGUCAAUAGUAAUCCGUUGCUAAAUAAUAAUGAGUAAGCUAGAUUCUAAAACAAUUUAAAUAAAAGUUUACUAUUAUAUUUUUUGUAUUUUGAAGGUUUAAGCAACGGUUUUUAUAAAUUGGAGUAUUGAGUCUUUUAUCACCCAUUUACAAUUUAUACAAAAUCUGUUUAAGCAUGAAUCUACUAAAACAUCAACAUUUUACUGAUAUGUUAUAAGCAAUCACAAAGUUUCCAGACAUUUGGUGGCGGAUUGCGGUUUGAGAUGAGGAUAUUCGAACUGCCAUUUUUAGAUUUACUCAAUAAGAUUUACUCACCUACGGAUUUUAGAAAUGAUUUAUUGUAUAUAUCUCAUAUUAUUCACAAACUAUGACUUAAACACUGUUUAGUUUUUAUUUUCGCUAAGCAUGCAACAAAGUAAUGCGCAAAAAAGUGCAAAUUUAAAGGACACUACAUCACCCACGCAUCACAGACGGAUUGUAUAUCCUCCCACGGAAUAUUGUCGCUUGAUUGGGCUUGCAUCGAGGCAAUGGGUCAAAGGUCAUCUAGGGAUUUUUUUAGAUGGAAUAUUAUUCAAUGAUAAUACUAUAACUCUAAUACUCAUUCAAAGGAAAAUCUAUCGCCCACGCAUCACAGACGUAUGGGACAUCUUAUACAUCCUCCCACAAAACUUUGUCGCUUGAAUGGGGAUGCCUCGAGGUGAGGGCUCAAAGGUCAGAGGUUGU